CUUUUUAACCUAUCUUUCUCCAACCAUGAAUCGAUUGGACAAUUAUUCAUUAAAUUUACGACAUGGCCCUUCCAUCAAAGCCAUGCUCAAUGACGGUCAGAUCAACCAUUACCACUCUUCAGACGAGCAAUUAGAUCACCAUCAUUAUCAUAAUACAACACCCCCAACGCUAAUGCCAUCACCACCUGAAUUACUCCAUGAUAGUGGAGAAGACGAAUCAGAUGACGAUAUGAUCCAGGAUCAUGUUAGCCCGUUACCUUAUCUUGUUUCCAAUUUCCAACGUCAUCAAAGCAGCAGUUCGCCAGUAUCAGUAUUAAGGCAGCGAGAGUCCUCCAUUAGAUCAGACUCUAAACCUUCAGUGUCAUUUGAUGAUACCACCAAGGCUGCCCAAGAAUUCGGCGCACAUCACCAGAGACAUUUCACCACCGCGCGGCAGAACCGUUUGUCCGCUCACCGAAGCAAAUUUUCAUCUUCACCAGAAGAAGACUCUCAGAUCAAUCGUAGAAAAUCGAUACCUCAUCGAUCGCCUGCCGCGAUCCAAGAUGCUUUACAGGCCACUGCUUUGGAUCAAAGUAUUGUGUUCCAACUCAAUGUAUCGGGCGAUUUAUUUGAUCAUCAAGAAUGGAUCGACAAAGAUAACAUUGGAUGCAAGCCAGAAGUGAUUUGUGGUGAAUCGCUCUUGACCGCACUGCAAUCAAGAGUGACUUCAGCGAGACAUGAGCGAUCUAGUAUGAAACCUAAGCAAACUUCACCUAGACGUCAUAUCGUAGCUCAUAAGAUCAAUAUUCCCCGUUCCCCUAAAUCGCUUAAGCGAAGAAAGAGUCCUGAAGCCGUCAGCCCUUCCGAAUUGGCCAACGCUUUCACAGACAUGACGGUGUAUACACCUCAUAGUGAUGAAAAACACCACCAUCGACGAGCACAUGCCAUUGAUUAUAGAGCUCAAUUGGAUAAUGAUGAUGAAGACGAGGAUGAAACCCUCAAGUCUCCCAUUAGCUCGGAGGAGGUCGCCGACAAAUCUGCAUCUCCUUCCACCACCUCCCAUCGCAGCAAGUCAAAGGGUCCAUGCCAAGCUUGCCAAGAAGUUUCCGAUGGAUGCAUGCGUAAAGGGUUCAACUGGCCCUUCGAAGCCAGCCUCAUCUACUAUGACAAGGGCAAGCCUUUCGUCUACCUGUGCAAUAAAUGCGGACUCCGCUAUAACAAGAGUAACGGUUGCGUAUGUAGGAAUUGCCGAUGGGUGUUCUGUAAAGAAGAAAAACGCAAGGCUCUCCAGCAUAUCGAAAAGAUGCGUGCAUCUCGGCCUGAUGGUCAGAUCGAUAUGGAUGAAUUCAUCGAAGGCUUCGUCUGCAGUCCAAAGUACUGGACGUGCGGGCAGAAAUGGCGUGUCAGCUGGGUCCUGAAUGCCAAUGCCAAUGAAUAAGCGAUACCAACGACUGACUAAUUAUCCACCAGCGUUUUUUCCUUUCUUACCUCUUGUACAUAGACUUUUUUUUUUUUUUU